GGGCUGGUGCAAGUGCUGCUGGGAGUUGACCAUUCCCUGGGGGGGCUUGAAAGUGCUGCUGGGGGGGCCAUUUCAUGGGAGGGCUGGUGCAAGUGCUGCUGGGAGGUGGCCAUUCCCUGGGGGGGCUGGUGCAAGUGCUGCUGGGAGUUGGCCAUUCCUUGGGGGGACUGGUGCAAGUGCUGCUGGGAGUUGGCCAUUCCUUGGGGGGGCUGGUGCAAGUGCUGCUGGGAGGUGGCCAUUCCUUGAGGGAACGGGUGGGAGUUAGCCAUUGGCUGAGGGGACUGGUGCAAAGGCUGCUGGGGGCUGAGACAUCGGCUGGUUGGGUUGGUGCAGCAGCCUCUGGUCGGUGGACAUCUUGCUGGUGUCCCAGAGGAACUCCCUGGGGGGGG